AGGGUGGAACUUUUCCACGGGCAUCCUCCGAUUUGCUUGUUGUCCAGAAAAGUUGAAACACAGCCCAGCCGGGAGACGCCAAAUUGUCGUGGAAAUUAGGCAACACUCGCAGACUCGUCCUCUUAAGGAAGGGUUUGGACCUCUGAGUGUAGUGGUGGGGAACCAAAAAAAGCCAGAACUCCAUAUUGGUUUGUACAAGAUAUACACGUUCUCAUCACUGCCGCUAUAACCGUCUCCUCAACCAAAUGGUUUUUGUGACAGAUCGGAGGAUUUUACACACCUGGGGAUCAGUACUAAAAAGACAGAAUGGAGAUUAAAGUGUCUGUUGAUGGACUCCAGCGCAUUGUUUGUGGUGUAACUGAAAUGACGACGUGUCAAGAAGUAGUCAUUGCUUUAGCCCAAGCUCUGGGUCGUACAGGUCGCUACACUCUGAGAGAGAAUUUCAAAGGCUAUGGGCGCAACGUGACCCCUGAUGAGCUUCUCCUGGAGUCCCUGGGGAAGUAUGGCCAACAAGCCAGGGAAGUUCAGCUCACCCUGCACUAUCUAGGGCCCUCUCCGGUGGAUUGCCCAAACAAGCCACAUGUUCAGUUAAGACGAGUCGAGGGAGGAGAAAAACUCCGCAGGAGUAGUGCCGGAGCCAUCCUCCACCGGCAGAGCCUCCCUCCACCCUCCCAUCUCCACCCCAAAACUCCCCCUGAAGAACUGAAGAGGCCCAAGAGGAAAUCAUUAACGCUGAUGGAGGAAGCAUGGGGUUGGCUGGAGAAUCUGGGUAAGGGUAGGAAACAGCAAUUAACACAAGAUAAGGGGGAAAAUGAAGAGAAGGAUGGACGAAAACGACUACUGGAUAACAUGGGAGUCAAGCCAGAAAAACUAGCCCAGGCCUCUAGGGUAAUACAAGGAAAAGAUAAAAAUAGAACAGAAAACAAGAAAUGGAAGCAUAGAGAAAAGGAUGAUGGAAUCGAGUUAUGUGAAAGUAUAACAGAACAUAAAACGCAAAGAAAUGAAGUAUGUGUCACUAAAACCGGGGUUACAGUAUAUGAGGAAGCCUCUGAACCAAAAGACAACCUGAAAAAGUUAAUCAUCGAACAACAGGCUAGUCUGAGAGCACUCAAGCUCAAAAUAGACACGACUGAUGAGCAGAUUUUUAAACUUGAAAUGCGGCAAGCAGAAUCAAUGUCUAAUGAGGAAGAACAGCUCGAGUUUUGGCUCAAUGAGCUGAAGGCAGAAGAGGGCUAUGAGAAAGUCCUGCAGAUGCAAUUCCUGGAUUUGAAGGAGAAAGCCAGAGAGUGCAAAAAUAGUUUAGAGGAGUAUAAAAUCAAGCUGCAGAGGAUGGACCUUGCAAACACGAGGCGGUCUCAGUGCCAGACUGAUGAUGAUAAUGAUGACGAUCUCUCAGUUAGAAUGGAGUUGGAUCGUACUUCAGGAUUUCUGGAAUCAGUGACUGAAGAGAAAAUAACCACUGAUGUCCCAGAGGGAGACAGUAAGGAGAAGAUGGUCAUCACUAGAGUGGAAUCAAAACUCCCUUACAUCUUAGUUACAGCGAAUGAGAUAACAGAACCCCAGCUAAGCAGCCCAUCAGAGCUCAGGGAAUGGUGGUUUCGAUGGACUGAAGCUCAGAAAACUACCUCAGGAUCUACACCGGAAGUUGUGCACCGUACCAAAAUAAUAAUUCACAGCCGAAGCACAAGGGUUUAGCAUUGACAUUAUAUAUUACAUAACCUUUAUGUAAAAUCUCUGUAUUAAAGUAUUGACUGACUGUCAAGUAUUUAAGCAUUGCAUUAAAGAAACUUGCAAUAUGGAAAUCAAACAGGGCUUCAGUUCACAGGAAUGUGUUUUCAUAAAACAUUUAUUUCAAUUGUUUCCAUUCAAGACCAUAAACAAAAGUAUAGAGGAGAACCAGUGGCUCAGCAAUAACCCUCUGAUCUCAAGGAAAAGAAAAAAAAAAAGUCUUAACAGUAAUAUUUUGAUUUUCAGUAAGGAGCACAGCAAAUAAUCUCUACAUUAAAUCCUGAUCUUAUAGUUUCUGAAUGGAACCUUAGGUAUUGUUUCCCCUUUGUAUCUCACAGGUUAUGCAGACUUAAUUUUUUGUUGUUUUUUUUUUAAACCUCCCACUAACUAAAUAGCACACAUUACAUAUAGUAUACUAUAUCCACAGGUCUCAGGGAUGCAGACUUGUAUUAAAUCUAUUUGGGGAAAAAAGCCACCCUAAGAUUGUAGAUGUUCUUUCUAUUUUUUUUUUUGGCAAUUGUCCAGGAAUAGAGUAUACCUCUAUUGUGUGGUUGGGUUUGUUUUGUCUUAGAGUCUUGAGGCACCUUAACCUUACUUUUAUUUUACUUGUUAGAAGCAUAUUAAAUUGAAUGUUUAAAAAAAAAAAAAAAAAGAAAAAAAGGAAAAAAAAGAAAGGUGUGCAAUGAAAAGGAAAAAAACAAUAUAAAAUGACUGCAAAAUGAGAAGCAAUUAUGAAUUUUGCACCUGAAAGCAGAAGAAAACAUGGAAAGAGGGUGUGAAAGCAAGCACAGCUAUUAAAACAAAAACAUACAGAAUUUGAUCAAAAUAAACUCACUUAGGGAAAAAAAAAAAAAAAAA